ACUUCCUUACUUAUAUCAGAAUCGUUCGGGUUGGAGAAGACCUGAGAUCCGCGACCCACCCGUACCGUGCCCGGGCAUCUCCACGGAUACCCGUGGCAGGAAGGGUGCCUUGUGAAGAGGGAGGUAUGGAGUCCAGCGUUGGCACGAUCUUUGCUGAUGGGCGUUUUGUUAACCAGCAGUGUAAAAACCAUUGCCGUGGGCCUCACCGACCUCACGUGCACAGCGGCCGUAGCAUCUGCAGAGAGAAGGACGUGCCGAUGCUGCCAGGACUGCAGCCCAUCACUGAAGACCCUGGCACGUACGAUAUUGUGAAGGCUACACAGUACGGAAUGCUAGAGCGGUGCAAAGAACUGGUGGAAGCAGGAUACGAUGUUCGACAACCAGACAAAGAAAAUGUGACUCUUCUUCACUGGGCAGCAAUAAACAACAGACAGGAGCUGGUUAAGUACUAUAUUUCCAAAGGUGCAGUAGUGGAUCAGCUGGGUGGAGACUUGAAUUCGACUCCCCUUCACUGGGCCAUUAGACAAGGACACCUACCCAUGGUCAUCUUAUUGCUGAAGUGUGGAGCAGAUCCCAGCCUUAUCGAUGGGGAAGGAUUCAGCAGCAUUCAUUUGGCAGUGCUGUUUCAGCACGUGCCCGUUGUAGCUUACCUCAUAUCAAAGGGCCAGAACAUAGACACAGCAGACUUCAGUGGCCUUACGCCUUUAAUGUUAUCAGCACAAAAAGUGAUGGGACCAGAACCCACAAGAUUUCUGCUGAAGUUUAACCCCUCCCUCAAUGCUGUGGACAACGUUCAGAAGAACACUGCGCUGCACUGGGCAGUAACAUCAGGAAAUGUUAGUGCAGUGGAGCUACUGCUAGAAGCUGGUGCUAACAUGGACAUAAAAAUGUUAAAGGGAGAGACAGCGCUUGACCUUGCAGUUCAAACUCAGAAUCGCUCCAUGGUCUAUAUGUUAAUGGAGGAAGGAAGAAUGAGAAGCAGAAGAAAUAACAGGUUACUGAGAGUAAUGGAGAAAUACGAGCUGUUCCUGCUGCUGGCAUCUUGCUUGACUGUGAUGUGGGCCAUAGGAUACGUAAUGAACUUAAGUUCUGAUUCUUGGCUUUUGAAAGGAUGCCUGCUUCUCUUUCUGCUGGUUGGGAUGGCUCUGUUCAUGAGGCACUCUGUGGGACUCAAGAAUCUGAGGUAUCUUCCCACAGCACUGAUGCUAAGUUCCGUCUUUUGGAUGUCUGUGACGUGGUUUUUCUGGUUCAUGCCUGAUGUGACCAGUACCAUUUUUGAGAUCCCUGUCGUGUUCAGCGUAGUGGGUCUUCUUUAUUUUUUCUAUAAAACCUGGAGGACUGAUCCCGGAUGUAUUAAGUCUUCAGAAGAAGACAAAAAAGAGGUAAGCUGACAUGCUGCACCACGGUUGCACUUCUGAUUGAUUCAUUUAUCAUCAAACGUAUCUUUGAGAUUUUAGUUGUAUCAUCAAGCAACGUAGGUUGUUGGAUGAUAAACCCAACCUACUGUCGGUUCAUCUUCACCACCUUGCUGUUACUUCCUUGCCUCGGUCUUCUCAUUGGAAUACGAGCUUCAGCCAAGCGUGGUAUGGACUCGUGCCUUUGCUAUAAUCUAUGGCAUAAAUUCACAGAUACUUCAGUUAAUAAAUAACACUCUUGUAAGGCUUCUGUUCUAGAUGUCUCUGGUUAGA